AAGAACUCCUUAGAUAAUGAUUUUGAGAAUUAUUUCAUCAGUGUUUUCUACUUCUCCUUUCCCCCCCUUUUUCCUUACAGUUUGAAGUUGCCCUGGGAUCAUCAAAGAGCAUGCUUCUAUGCUGUAGAAUCUACUUCUCAGUUUGUGUUCCCUGGAGCCCUUUGGGGUUCCAUGAAGCCCCUUUAGGCAUCAUGUGGGCGGGCUCUGAGUAGAUGGCCUCUGAGUGCUUCUCCCCAAAAAGAAGCACUACUUUUUAUCUGUUUUACAUAUUGGGCUUCUGUGCAAGAUUUAUUGGAGAGAGCGUUCCACACCUCAAAUUUUAAAACCGCCGUCAGGAGACUAGAAAGGUAUGGGCAACAUGAUCAGAGAGGAGGAAUGGGUUCAUUAGACCAUGGGUUUGGCUCACUAGCUGAGAAAAAAGGCCAUUUGAAUGGCUCUGGGCGCUCUUGUGUUUGCAGGUCUUGUGCUGAUGUUUCUGUCUGCUCCAGAGGCUCCAUGCUGGCUCUGCUGAUCCUGUGUGCCUCUCACUCUUUCUUGCCCACCUAGUUGCCGAUGUGCUGCCGGCCUGGCUUUUGCGGCCAGUUUGCCAUCGUGAAGAAGUGCCGGGAGAAGAGCACGGGACUGGAGUACGCCGCCAAGUUCAUCAAGAAGCGGCAGAGCCGGGCCAGCCGGCGGGGCGUGUGCCGGGAAGAGAUUGAGCGGGAGGUGGGCAUCCUGCGGCAGGUGCUGCACCCCAACGUCAUCACGCUGCACGACGUCUUUGAGAACCGCACCGACGUGGUGCUCAUCCUCGAGCUAGUGUCUGGAGGAGAGCUCUUCGACUUCCUGGCCCAGAAGGAGUCCCUGAGUGAGGAGGAGGCGACCAGCUUCAUUAAGCAGAUCCUGGAUGGGGUGAACUACCUUCAUGCCAAGAAAAUUGCUCACUUUGAUCUCAAGCCAGAAAACAUUAUGUUGUUGGACAAGAAUAUUCCCAUUCCACACAUCAAGCUGAUUGACUUUGGCCUGGCUCAUGAAAUAGAAGAUGGAGUUGAAUUUAAGAACAUUUUUGGAACUCCAGAAUUUGUUGCUCCAGAAAUUGUGAACUAUGAGCCCCUGGGACUGGAGGCUGACAUGUGGAGCAUAGGCGUCAUCACCUACAUCCUCCUCAGCGGAGCAUCCCCUUUCCUGGGAGACACAAAGCAGGAAACACUGGCAAAUAUCACAGCAGUGAGUUACAACUUUGACGAGGAAUUCUUCAGCCAGACGAGCGAGCUGGCCAAGGACUUCAUCCGGAAACUUCUGGUUAAAGAGACCCGGAAACGGCUCACCAUCCAAGAGGCUCUCAGACACCCCUGGAUCACGUCCAAGGGAGAGAGCAGAGCCCCAGAACAGAGGAAGGCAGAGCCAGCCCAGCUAAAGACCAAGCGCCUGAGAGAGUACACCCUCAAAUGCCACUCAAGCAUGCCCCCCAACAACACCUACGUCAACUUUGAGCGUUUUGCCCGUGUGGUUGAGGACGUGGCUCAGGUGGACCAGGGAUGCCGUGCCUUGUCAGAGGCCCAUGACACCAUUCAGGAUGAUGUGGAGACCCUGAUCUCCAUCUACAAUGAGAAGGAGGCUUGGUACCGAGAGGAGAGUGAGAGGGCCCGGCAUGACCUGUCCCAGCUCAAGUACGAGUUCCGCAAAGUGGAAUCCUUGAAGAAGCUCCUGCGAGAGGACAUCCGGGCCACAGGGUCCAGUCUUGGAAACACGGCCAGGAAAUUGGACCAUCUGCAGGCACAGUUUGAAGCUCUGAGGCAGGAGCUCUCGGCAGACCUACAGUGGCUCCAGGAACUAGUGGGUGGCUUCCAGCUGGAGAGUGGAAGCAUGGACAGACUGGGUUCCGUGUUCCACCCAGACACCAAUGAGUCCCUGGUGGAGCUGUUCAGCAGAUCCUGCAGCAAGGAAGUCUUGGCCGGCUUACAGCUCUGAGCUCCAGAAUCAAGUCUGUAAUGCCUCCUGGAUGGUUUGCUGAAGCCUGUUCCCAACUGCCCUGCCAGGCAGGGCAUCCACUAGAAUUAUCCCACAGGGGUGUGUGUCUGUAGCAUAGCCUUCCACCUCCUCUGCAGAAUCCAGAAUCACGGCACAACUAGCUAAUUAUUCAUUCUGCACUUCCUCUCACCAGCCUGGUUUUCUGAGCGGGUGGCUGGCAGAGCAGCCAAGCUGUUCAAAUGAUCAGCAGUGAAUACCCCUCAGCGUCUGCUCCUUCAGAGGGAGGACAGCGGUCCCUGGGGAGAGGCUUGAUAACUGACUUGUGAUAAUGGGUGUGUUCACAUCUCACUUCCCACCCAAAAGAUUUCUGGUCCUGGGUCAUAUUUGAGCUAAUGAGGGAUAACAGUAAGUCAGCUUGGUGCUUUCCUGCUGCUGAAGGAGGGAUUUUAAAUGUGUGGAGAAAAUCUUACUUUUCAUUUACACUGACUUUUCACUUACCAACCUUUGCGUCUUUGAUCUUUACAAGCGCUCUGGGAGACAGGCAGGUAGGCAGUAUUAUUAUCAUUGUUAUUAUUUCCAUGUAACUCAUGAGGAAAUUGACUCCGAGAGGGAAAAUGACUUCCUCAGGAUCAUUCAUCCCUAGUUGAUACAGAUGAAACAUAAAGAUGAGAUAUAUGGGAGGAGAUAGUGAGGCUUUCGAUAAAGAUCCGCUUUAACAUUCGUGUUUAGGUGGUAACGUAGGCAACCUUAUGUAUUUUGCCAGGUAAGGUGGAAGCCUCACACCUUCAAGCACUUAUUCCAAGAAGUGUGUCCUAGAAGUUACAUGGUUUACUGUUCCCAUCCAGCCCUGUCCCUGUCUGAAGACCAGCCUGUCUUUUCUCCACCCUUGUGUAGGGAAUGAAGACCAAAAAGGGCUCAGCGAGCAGCUUCCUCUUCUUAUGUACUUAAGGGCUAAAGAGUGUGGACAUUCAGCUUGGGAAGCAUAAGGCUGAGUGGUCCCCUCCCUGAGGACAGAAUCAUCUCCUCUCCCUUUGCCUGGAGGAGGGGCCCGUCCACCAGCUCACAGAGACCGAGCAUGGCGUGUGGGCCUAGCACUGUGCUGAAGGCCUAGGGGUGGGGGAACAGAUUGUAUGGUUUCUUGGGGCCUUCACAGACUCUCAACCCCGCUUGUCAGGCGGGGUAAAUGCCAGUCCCAGUUUGGAGAUGAGGAAAUGGAGAGCAUGUGAUUUGCUCAGUGUGGCAAUAGCACCACAAGUGGAGGCCUUUUGAUGCUAUCUGUUGCUCCUUCUGCCCUAACUGCCCCAGGUUCCACGAGUUCACUUUCUGCUGUGGGGCGGGUUAUACCGAGAUGCAUCCAUCUGUCCACUCACAGAGUUUGUAAGCACCUAUCAAUUGCCAGACACUCAGCCUGCCCCCAGAGAUACAAUGCUGAGUAAAAACAGGCAUGUUUCACAGACAUUUUCAGUACAGUGAAGGAUUCCAACAUUAAUCAAGAACAUUCUGGGAGUUCCUGUUGUGGCACAGUGGAAACGAAUCUGACUAGUGACCAUGAGGUUGCAGGUUCGAUCCCUGGCCUUGCUCAGUGGGUUAAGGAUCUGGUGUUGCCGUGAGCUGUGGUGUAGGUCGCAGACAGCUCAGAUGCAGCAUUGCUGUGGCUGUGGCACAGACUGGCAGCUGUAGCUCUAAUUCAACCCCUAGUCUGGGAACCUCCACAUGCUUCAGGUACACCCCUGAAAAGAAAAAAAAAAAAAAAUGAACACUCUGCAAAGAUAGGACCACAGCUGAGACAUAGGCUAUGAAGGAGAAGGUUGCACCCCUGCCAGAGCCUGCGCCAAGGGGUCAGUGUAGUCAGUGAAGAUGUCCCUGAGCUGGUGAGAGAUCCUCUAAGCAAAUGCUCCCAACAGCUGUCAUACCAGGAGGGGAUCCUAGAGCCGAAAUUGCACAGACAGAAAAAAAGCCAGAGAGAGAAGAAUAGGAGUAUGGUGUGGGUAUGGCUGGAGAGAAGGUAGGACCAGCAGGGCUUUUCCUUUUUUUUUUUUUUUUUUUGUCUUUUUAGGGCUGCUCCCUCGGCACAUGGAGGUUUCCAGGCUAGGGGUCAAAUGGGAUCUGUAGCCACAGCAAUGUCAGAUCUGAGCCAUGUCUGUGAUCUACACCACAGCUCAAGGCAACGCCAGGUCCUUAACCCAUUGAGCGAGGCCAGGGAUUGAACCUGCAUCUUCAUGGAUGCUAGUCAGGUUCUUUUUUGCUGAGCCACAAUGGAAACUCCAGGGAUUUUCCAUAUUAAAGAGCUCUGCCUUCAUCCCAGGAAUCAUAGGGAGCCAUGAUAGGUGCUGGGCGGUCAACAGCUUGAUGUGCUGGUGGAGGUGGGGAUGCCUAGUGAGCAGCACAGACAGAGGAGUAGUUUAGGAUAAAGCAAUACCAUGAAAACAAUUCUUCAAAACCUUACCUCCUUUUCUAUUGACAUACUGGGGCACUUCAGAUAUCAUGUAGUAUUUAUAACAGACUUUUUUCAUCAAAUAUAAGAAGCUGUAUUUUCAUCAAAUGUAAGAUGCAUCAUUAUUUUGUGACCCCAAAACAAUAAAAAGCCCACAAUGGGAGGUCCAGUAGGAGACCCCAGGCAUGGAGCUGGGGCUCCCUCACCAAAAGGGUAGCUGAGAGAGAAAUAAAGCCACCAGACAGGAAGGGAAGGCAAGGGAACAUGUGCAUCUCAACCUUGACACUGGGUAGAGGGAUGGAAAAAUCCUCCCCUGAAGAUAGGAGCCCUGGGUCAGUGGUACCAGUGCAGGUUUGCAUCAUUAGUGGGAUCCAAAAAAUCUCAAGCAGAGAAUCUGAUGUCAGACAGUCUGAGGCUGGGUGGCCCUGAUGGCUGGCAAGCAGUGUGGUCAUCUCCUGAAGCACCCACCUUCACUUCAGACAGAUUUGAUGCCAUUGAUGGGGAGAUAAGUCCUGAUUUCAGAGAUCAGAAAAAAUUGCACAUCUUGGAAUCAUUGGGAGAUGGCAAAACUCAGUUUCCUACAUCCUCCCUGGGAGAAUUGGUACAAAUGACCUAUCUACGAUCUAAGAACUUUCCUGCCCUGUCACCAGACAUCGUGUUGUCAUUCGGCAUAAGGCACUGCAAAGAUUAAAGGUCUCUUUGGCCAGAUCAACAGGUUCCCUAAGGCAAGGAGGCCCCCACUUGAGCAACUCAGGGCAAACUUUUCUGUGAACAUCAAAAUAAAAUGCAAUAAAAGGAA